AUCAUGUGACUUGUGAUUUCUCAAAUAUUUCUGAUAACCGAAUGGCAGGCCAAAGCAAAAAACGAAAUUAAAAGAAAUUAUUGCUUUUUUCAAUUAACCCUGGUUUAAUAUAGCUAGUAAAAUGUCGAAUAAAACUAAGAAGAGCACCGGUGGCAACGGUGGAGGACUGAAACAAGGCCGCCAGCAAUCGCACGACUCGCAGGACUACAGCUCGUUCAAGACGGUCCUGUACUAUUGCAUGCUCAUCGUUUUCCUGCCCGUGCUCACUUUCUUCGUCCUGAAAGGUUUCGUUCUGGAUCGAUUCCUCGACAUUUCGGAAGUCAAAGUCAAUAUAGCAGCUGCCGUGGGAGCGGUCGUAUCAUUGCACAUCGCUCUGGCACUUUAUAUCUACAGGGCCUACUUCGGAGCAUCCGGUUCCAAGGCCUCCAAAGCGGACUAAUCCUCAUUCACCCGGACUGUUUUCCCCAUUUCCAUUAACCAUAGGUCGGCAAAGCACUCUUGUACAUACAUACUAUACAUAUACAAAUGUUUACAUGCCCGCGAGGGAGGAGAAAGUCGCCUGUAAACCGUGUGUAAUCGUUUUCCAUUGCAUAAGUUUCGAUAACGGCGUGGAAAGCGAGUUGUCAAGUGUUCUGUGUGCAUAAUUUGUAUUAAAAAAGACAUAAAUAAGUGAAAA